UAUAGCAGGCAAAUUAGCCACUAGAGGGCAGUGGUCAAUACACAGGGAUAAUAUCUCUCUGCCUCUCUCUGUGAGGUAGCUCUCAUUAACUGGAAAUAUGUACUUGCUUUCUUUAGCAGGCAAUAAUGACAGUUAUUAUGAACCUGGUUUAAGAGAAAUCACUGUAGUGAUAGAGAUAAUGAGAAAUUGCAGGCAUUAUAAUGGGUUGGAUUUGUCAGUUUCAUAGACGUUGCUCAAGUAAUCCUAGAGAGCUGGCAUCCAUGUUUGAUCCUGCAACAAACAGGAAAGAUGAAACACACUUUAUUUUAGAGACCUAUAUGGAGAUCCUACAGAAGCUGGUGGCAUCAGUUCGUGUUCAUCCAGCCUUCUGCUCUGAGUGAUGGGCCUGGUUCAAGAGAACUUCCAGGUGCUCCAAGGUGAAUGAAGCUGGUGCAACAUGUUCAGUGUAGAGGACCUCCUGAUUUCUCAUGGAUACAAGCUGUCCAAAAAUCCCACCAAUUUGUAUGAGAACCGGUGUGAUGGAUUUCAGCAUGAAACUGCAGAGAGGAGGUCCAGCCCUGGAGCACUGAAUGGGUUUCCAACCAACUCUGGAACCUAUAUUGGCACCAAAAAGACAACAGUGAAAAGCUACCUAAAUGACAAUGAAAGUAGCCAUGUUAUCCAAGGGAGGAAGCUGGGCCCCAGUUACCGCAGAGACUUCCAGGAUUUGGCCAAUACCCAUGCUUCAGAAGAGGGGUUUUACGACCAGCCACAGCUAGCCUGGUCUUCACGUCCCAAGACAGAUAAAGAUCUUGCCUACUGGAGAAGAAGAGGCCAAGAUUUCAGUGUAUUGUUAGGUUAUACUGACAGAGGGGACACCAAAAUGAAAGGAACAGCAGCACCUUGUGACUUGUAUGGGAAGGAUAAAGAAGGUCAGUGGGAGGUAGGAGGAGGGACAGAGAACGUGAGGAAGAUGGGCCUGCAGGAGAACUGGAAACUGCCUGGUGACUACAGAUGGCAAAGCUUAAGAACAGAAAGUUGGAACCAGCCAAGUAGGUUUGGACGGCUAGUGUCUGAUGGUGAUAGAGGCAGGCUCCUUCAAGAUAUGUACUCAGUAAGACAAGGAGAUGCUGCUGUUACUCCCCAUGCAAAGGGGAAGUCUCAGUCUUUGCCCAGAGUUCUUUCACCAGAAAGCCUGAGGUCUGCUGAGGGGCCCUCCCUGGUCAACCACAAAGCCUCAUUCAGUGGAACUCAAACAGUAUCUUGUCCUGGCACUGGAUUGGCCCUGGAAACCUCCAAACCCUCUGACCCAGCAGCCCACUUCCUUCCUUUGCCCAGGCCCAAGUAUGGUAGACCCCUUAAGCCUCCUUCCUACGAACUUCAUCGACAAACCAGGGGAGUGCCGGAAGCCACCUUGUUUCAGGAUGACCAGCGCAAAGAUGAAGCCCUCUCCUAUUUGACCAAAGCGAAUGAGCAGAGUCGGGAUGCAUGCAUUCAAGAUUCUGGUCUGGAGCCCCCUCUGUACAUACCUCCCCCGUGUUAUAAAUCUCCAACUCAGCAAAGUGUGAACCGGCAUUUGCCCGGUGAAGUGCCUGAGUAUGAUAUGUGCUUUAAUAAUGGUGUGCAGAGCUCAGAGGUGAGAGCCAUGCUUGGUUACCAGCCCUCUGCUAGCACUUUUGGGACUGUUGCUGAGCACCAUAAUGAAGAGCAGUUUCCUUAUGACAAGACAGGCCAUCCUAGGCACGUGGAGGGCUACCUGUCUUCUGUGCAGUACAUUCCUUUUGAUGACCCUCGAAUACGGCACAUUAAAAUUGCACACCCAGAUGCUCUCCAGGAGGAUGGCAAAGUGACUGGGGAUGCAAAUAGGGUAAGUCCGUAUGCCUUCCAAGAGAGUGCUCUGGACCUAGAGUACAACAGUGCCUUCUCAGAUUUGUCAACCUCAUUAAAUCCUGCUGUGAAAUGUGACCAAGUCCCUGGGAGCUCUGCACACAGCAGCCCAUGGCUAGCAGAGUCCAGCGUAGAUAAGAAUCACUGUGCCUUCCCUGUCCAAAGAGACCGUUAUGAUGCAGGUAAUGACUUGAGUCCCCCAAACCCCAAAGGCAUGCUGUCUGCACAAAGCCCACAUACAGAACCCCCCUGUGAGACUGUGACCAAAGUGAAAACGUUUGAACCCGGAACUGAGAUCCAGAGCAAAAGGAGUUCAAAGAAAAAAACAAACGAGACUAUAUUUUGCUUGGUCUCCAUCCCAGUUAAAUCCGAGCUGAACCUGCCAGAUACUGAUAGGAACAACAACUUGACGCAGGGAGCUGGUGAGAAGAAUGGGUUUGAUAACAGUGGGGGUCUGCAGGAACAAAGUCUCCUCAGCACCUCUUCCACAGACUUGGAGCUCCAGGCACUUACAGGAAGUAUGACCAAUAAGAACGAACUACAAAAACAAGAGUUGUGGAGACCAGAGUUCAAAUACAUGAACAACCUCCGAUUCCCACAGCCAGCAAAGCACAAAGAGCUCCAGUACUCUGGCUCGUGGCCAGGUGACCAGUACAAGGACCAGCAGACACAGACCAGUUUCACAGAAGAACCCAGAAUCUUGCGGCUUGCCCAUAGCUUGGAACCCAGUGGACAAAAUAGGGUGGCAGCUUCCCAGUUGCCAAGAUAUACAGCAUCCACCACAGAAUCGGCACUGACGGUGUUACCUGCUGGUGACCGAAGAUAUAGGCAAGAUUCAUCCAGUGUGAAAGGUCAGGGGUUUCUUGACAAGCCCAGCAAUAAUGUGUGUUCUAAGACUGGAGUUCUUACCCCAAAGGCCUGUCAGAACCCCCCUUGUACAUCAUGCACUGCUCUUCCUGAACAAGGAAAGGAAACUGGUUCUGUUCCCAAGGAGGAAGAACGCACCCCUUGCAGAAGUAAGGAGCUGUUUGGGCAGUUCCUCUUGAAGCCUGUUAGCCGUCGUCCCUGGGAUGUCAUAAGUGAACUAGAAAGUUUUAACAAGGAGCUUCAAGAACAGGAAGAAAGUAGUGAAGAUAGUGUGGAGAGUGAGGACAAGCAGGAGAGAGAAGAGGAGAAGGAAGUGAGGAAGGAGAGUAGGACCUGUAGGAGCGAGGGACAGAGCCAGGACCAUCAUAGACCUGGUAUGCAGUCAGAAGCAGCCAUAUCAGUUGUUCCUGUGUUUAAACAGGAAAGAGAGGUGAGUAAAUCUGAAAGUGCAAGGGGCAAAUCUAGAGGCUCUCCUAGGUAUGCUAGAUCACAAAGCUGCUUACAAGCCAAAGAAAUGGGUGAAUCAGUUAGGCCAGCUGAUGGAGAUGUUUUUGCGGAACUGAGAAAGCAGGAAGCUAGGAAAAGGAUGAUAAAACAGGCUGUUGGUCCACAGGAAGUCCAAACAGUUCUGUCAGAUAUGUACGAUGAUGAGAAUCAUGACAAUCCAUUCAACAGCCUCUUCUUCAGGGAAGAAAACCAAGUCCAAAGUCAUAGAGACACCAUAAUUGAUUUUGAUAGGCUGAAGAUAAACACAGCACCCAGGAAUAAUCUAGCUUUAGAAAGAGGGUCUUUAGUACGAUUGUCUUUAACAAACAGGAGUCAAGGCCUCUCUGAGCCAGAUUUGAGAGCUGUAGGAUUUGGUGAUAGUCAAGAGCCUGGUACUCUUGAUAGUUAUGGGGAACCGGUCACUGCAGAGAUUCCCCCCAAUGAAUCGCUUCAGGCAAGAGCUGCCAGGAUCCUGGGCAUAGAUGUAGCUGUAGAAUCCCUUGUGCCCAAUAACAAAACUCUUCCAGAUAAACACUCACUCUCUGAUAGCAUUCCCCAGAGCCUUGAGUUGUCAGCCAAGAGGUCACUAGGUGGCAAGAUGGAGACAAAGGCAAUUUCUUAUGAGGGAAGGCGGAAGUGUGGCUGGACAGAAAGCUCCCUCUUUGUUGGAGACAGAAAUGUCUCAUCGGGAUCUGUGGAGGACCAAAACCCUGGCCAAAAAGCUUGGUAUGCUGAACAACAUUUUGAGCACUGUAAACUUCUUAGUAGACAAGGAGAAGACCAAACUCCCCAUCAUGAGUCUGUUGUGGUUACAUUUCCUGAAAUAAGUUUGGUUCCACCCAGUGUGGAAAAGAGAGCCAGGAGCACGUCAAAGGUGAUCGAGACACUGCAGGGCAAACUUGCAUCUCCUCCCAGCCGAGCCGCCAUGGAUCGCUUGGUGAGGAUGAAAGAGGUCGACUCAGUUUCUCGAAUGAGACGUCUCAGCAUAAAAAAUGCAGAUCCAAGUGAGGACCGGGAGGAGGAUAAGCAUCCAAAGGGGCCAGAAGAAAGAGGAAGUGAUGUCUCCUUUGGCGGAAGUGAACUGCCCCGCAAACUAUCACAUGGGAAUUCAGUUUCCAAGCGUAUCAUCUCAUUGGCUGAAAAUGGACUCUCGGACAACAUGCAUGAGAAGAAAACUGGAAGAGAUUUGUUUUGUUUAGACUCGUAUGAUCCCACCAGAGUUGAAAGAGUGUGAUGAGAAAAUGCACACAUUUCAAGAGAUCUCUAACCUCCAUGGAACACACUGCUGGGCUCCAGCACACGGGCUUCGCUUUGUUUUCGGGCACAGCCUUCUCGCUGCCAGUGGGGAAAUAAGAAGUACUUGACAUCCCACUGCUUUCUAGAGCUUGCAUGAAAAAAAGAGGGGAGAGAAAACAGGCCCAAAUCUCUCCCUUUUGGAACCAUCUGUUUUUUGUAGCAUUAAGACUUAAUGCCUCCACUUGGCAUGGAUUGGUCAUUUUAAACUCUGCUGAGCAGCGUUCAGCCAGGAUGGUAAACAGGAUGAAGACAAGAAGGGUGGGGCAGAGCUGAGUGGAGGGAUUGCUGGCUUAUUCCUCUGUCUCAAACGUAAACAGGAGAGAUUAGCAAAAUGAUUUUUGAAAGAAUGUGAAUUUUGAAGCUAAACAUCCAAACCUCUGAACCCUCAGCUUUGUUUAACUUUGGCCAGAAAGCAGGCAGCGAGAGAGCCGCGGCUGCCUUUUCCGUCCGAGUGGAUGCAAGCCAGCAGGAAUGAAGGCUGAUUGACUGACUGUGAAAUCUGCCUGGACUUCCACAGUUGGAAGGGGCUUUGGUUCUUUCAAGUUUCCUUCUUGCCACGUGCAAAGAAAACAAAAGCAAAUGCUCCGCACAUACGACGACAAAGCCACGGAGUUGUUGCACAGGGCCACGAUUACACGUAGUACAGCUAUUGCUACCAACUUGCUGUUUCAAAUUGAUGUGAACUCACCAUCCUGGCCACUGUUUUGCACUCAGUGUUAUGUACUUAUAUAUAUUUUUUUCCUGUCUUUUUAUUUUGUAGUUUAGGCUAGAAAUUCUUUAUAUGGCCGAAUUGCUAGUUCAAUCUGGUAGAUCCUUCAAACAAAGCAACUUUUUAAAAGAGAGUGUGUUCUAUUUUUCUACAGUAUAGGCAAUUGCUGAACGUUGGCGAGUUGAAAGAUAUAUCUGUUUUUCAGCAGAUGGGCUUUUUCGGAGAAGCUAGCCAAGAAGAGUGUACUUGCGAAUCUUGUACACAUUCCGUAUAAUCAUCUUGCCCACAAUUUCCACUUUCUAUUGCUGUAAAAAGAGGCAUGUGUGUCAUGUGCCUCUCUCUCUCUCUCUCUCUCUCUCUCUCUCUCUCUCUCUCUCUCUCUCUCUCUCUCUCUCUCUCUCUCUCGUUUUCUUACCUGCUGGGCUGCUGCUUUCCAGUGAGAUUACAGCUGAAAAGGUCCAGGGUGGUCUUCUAACCCUAACAUUCCACAGAUUUGAAAUCACCACAAAGUAGGUGAGGCUUAAUAUCUAGCGCCCUGACCCUAAGGAAUGGCUUAAUUUGCAGCAGGUGUAAGUAUGGCUUCUUGAAGCAGGGCAGUCUUCUGUGGAAUGUGAGGUUGAGUCUGUGAGUCAGUGCUUCUCCUGUUCUCAGGAGAAACCAGUCUUGUUCUUCACUUUAUGUUUUGGGUGCUGCAGCUUAAUGCCUUCCUUCAAGGCACCAUAACAAACCACACAAGAGGACACAGUCCUCUCCACAGUGACUCGAUUGCUUGGCAUUGUGGGCCUGCACAGAGGAUAAAGCUUCAGGGUCAGGUCCUAGUAUCAUCAUUGCCCUAGCAGACCUGCUUGUGUUCAUGCUGCAGUCAUUGCACCAGAUCUUACAAGCACCUGUAUUGGCUCAGCAGCGUGCAAAAAUGGGCUGUCACCUUAUCACAUUAGCCCUAUUAGGUGGAUGUUCUAAAAACCAUUGAUCACACUUACAGGCACCAAAAGCAGGUUGGAAGUCCCACCCAGGGUUGGGGCGGAUCAAGUUUUUUGUCACCUGUAGGCAACCAAAGAUUUGCCACCCCAGCAAGUGUUCCCCUUUACAAGUUCUGUAAAGGGCUGGUGGGGGCAGUUAAAUCUCUUUUUAAAACCACCACUAUGCAGCGGGGAUGGUGGCGAGAGCUCCUUGUGGGACCACCUGCCUCCCAAAUCUUGACCGGUUGGACCGUCUUUGCACAUGGCGGCCGAGACAGUGGGGAGAGAUCCUCCCACAGACCUACCUUCUUCUCAAAUGACAAGUCGGGCUGUUUUGGGCCAAAAAUGGCCCGACCUGUCAUUUGGGAAGAAGGUAGGCCCAUGGGAGGAGCUCUCCCCACUGUCUGCGCUACACUGACAGCGCAAUCUGUCAUGAUUUGGGAGGCAGGCGGGCCCAUUAGGACCUCUCGCUGCAGUUGCCACUGCACAGCAGUGGUUUUAAAAGGUAUUUAAAACUGUUUUAACUUUCCCUUCCCCCCAACCCCUGAUUUGCCACCUCUCAAAGUUUGCCACCAUAGGCAAGUGCCUCUCUUGCCUAUGCAUUUGUCUGCCCCUAGCCCCAGUACAUCACUCCCACCUUGCCACUCACAGAAAUGGCAGUAUUUGAAGCGGAAAGUGCCAUUGCCAUUAUGUCGGAUGGCCUGAUGGGGCAGGACUCCCAACCUGGUUUCCCCACUUGUAAGCAUGUUCUGCAGUUUUUCAUGUAACAUCUCAGUAGGGUUUCUGUGUUUGGGGGUUUUAUUUUUACACUAUUCCCCACCCCCACCCCAACAAUUCCAUGUUUGUUCCAUUUGUGUGACCAUGCAAAGAGCUAUUUUGUCACUUUGUAAUCGUUCCUUUUUCAAAAUAUUCCAAGCAUAUUUAAAGAGAACCAUGUGCAUUGAGAAUUAACAAUUAUUUAACCUGCACAAUGUUUAUAUAGAUUUUUUUUUAAAAAAAAAAUUGUCCUGUGUUUUUGUUUGCUAACAUGCCUCUGAAAAUUUAUUUCUGUCUGCUUGUAUUGGCCUUGUAUAUGUUAUCUUUCUUCUGAAGCCAUUUUCUCUUAAGCAUUUCCAAUUUCUGGUAUUUUUGGGUGGUCCUAUGAUUUGGCCAAAUAUAAAAAUCACCCACCUAUUGUGCUUUGGCAGCCACAAUUGCUUAUCUGUAAUACACAGAUUCUAUUACAUAGAAUCUUUAUUAAAUAUUUAAACUUUGUUAUACAUUAAACAAAAAAGAAUGGUUUAUUUUA